CAGGCAGCACAUGUCCUAUUUGAGGACAACAUAUGCUAGACAGUCUAAGAAUUUAACAUGGUUACAAGACGAGCACCAUCGAUCAUUCAUUACUUGGUUGCGUGAACGAGUAACAAAGGAGAAUGCCCAAAUAUUUGGUAAAAUCAAGUGGAUUGCGAAGGGACCUAGAAACUCUGUUUUCAAGUAUCAAAGUUACUUGAUUAAUGGAGUAACAUACUAUACAAAAAAGCUUGAUGCAGUACGUGCAGUCCAAAAUUCUGGAGUAAGCUUAGUUGCAAAAACCAUGCAACGUGCUAGUGCAAAGGAUAAAAAUCCUGUUGUGUCUGACAUGGUCUUCUACGGAAUUAUUGAUGAGAUAUGGGAAGUUGACUACAACGAGUUCCGAAUUCCAAUGUUCAAAUGUCAAUGGGUAGACAGUAGAGGUAUCAAAAUAGAUGACCUUGGGUUUACAUUGGUUAACUUCAAUAGAGUUGGGUUUAAACAAGAACCGUUUAUCUUGGCAAGUCAAGCGAGACAAGUUUUCUACAUUGAAGACCCUUCAGAUAGCCAAUGGUCUAUUGUACUUGCAACCCCUACUAGAGAGUACUUUGAAUGCAUAAAUACUAGUGAAUUUGAAGGGAAUGUCCUGCACCACCCUUGUCUUAGUAAAGAGUUUCCUAAUAAAGAUGAUGAUAGUACGGACGACAAUGAACCACUAUAUAUCCGUUCAGAUUGUGAUGGGAUUUGGAUUGAACAUGACAAAUAAAUCAAUGAGAUUCAUGACAACCAUGCGUACACGAAGAAAACAGCAAGGCUUGUCUGAGUUUAAUAAAAAAAGACGAUUAGAGGACAACAGCAAAGAUGCAGAUGUUGAACUGUUUGAUAACAAUGCAGUAGCAGAUUCUCAAUCUACUAAAUCAAAUUCCAAGAGUAGCCAAUGUUCUAGGUCUAAAAGAGGGCGUACACAAAUGCAUUGUCUGGCAAUGCAAAGAGUUCAAGGUGUAAAGCAAGAUGUUGAGUUGAAUGAGCUAGGGCAGCCCAUUGGAAAAGCCGGUACUCAACUACAAAGUUAUAUUGGGGUUCUUGCUAGAGAAAAGGUAAAGAUCACUUUUGAGACAUGGCACAAUGUUCCUGAAGAUGUGAAGGAAGACAUUUGGGAGUCUGUAAAUCUGUCUUUCAAUGUUGAUAGUAGUUGGAGGGAUUCAUGUAUCAGCUCUGCAAAUGACAAGUGGCGUCAAUUCAAAACAAAACUCACUAAUGAGUAUGUUUAUGGAAGAGCUGAUUCACCUGAAGAGAUGCAGACACCACCUGAAAAAUAUCCUAGCAUUUCACAGACUGAGUGGACUACAUUUAUCAUUUCUUGAUUUAAUGAUAAAUUCAAGAACACGAGGGCCGAAUUAAUAGCGAGAAGAGGCAAGUGCGUUAAUCCUUAUCGUUUAUCUCGAAAAGGGUAUGCAAAUUUUGCCAAUGAACAUCCCGAGAUUUUGACCAAUGACAAGGAGAUUAAUCAAGCAAAGCUUUGGGU